AUGGAAGAGAUUCUGCAAGGUUCUGCAGCCUCCCCCGCCGGUACCGAUGGGGCAUCCAGCAGGUCCAAGCCUUUUGCGGCCUCACGGUGCAGCCUGUAUGUUCUUGCUGGUCUUGACAAGCCACUCACUUGGCUUAGCCUCGAGUUGGCUUUCCUUCAGCCCCUUCUCCCUUUUUCGCCUGGCAACCUUUCCAAUGCUUUCAUGAUCGUUGCUCCGGCGGCGCUUAAACUGGCGCUGCCCGUGCCUGUGGCUAAUGAGGAGUCAUGGAGCGCAUGCUACAGGAAAGCGCAGCAUCUCGACAGCAAAAGGGGAGACAGUAAGGCCAGAGUGGUCGAGGAAAGGAUCAAAUCGGGUCGAUGGAUCGAAAAACUUCGUUUCCCAGGCCUGGGCAGCUCCGCGCCUCUUGCGGCUGCUGCAGCGGCAGCCCAGGCCUUGCGCCCUCGCCCUGGGCGUCGGCGUUUGGCUUCUGCCUCGCAGGGGGUCGCUGUGGAGUGGCAGACUCUACGGUCUCGCAUCGUUGAGACUCCCACGGGAAAGGAGCUGGUCCAGGCGCAGGAAGAAAUCUCGUCAGGCCUCCGAUGCCAUCCAGACGCCGAGGUACGCUUUUUCGGCUCCAGCCGACAAACGCCUCGGGUGACGUUCUAUCGGGACUCGGCUGCGCUGUGUCCUCGUUGCCAGGCAGUUUGGCUGCUCCUUGAAGCGAAGCGCAUCGACUACAUCGUGGUCAAAGAAAAUCUUCCGUCAUACGGGGAGAGAAGCGAGGCCUUUCUAAGGAAGGUUCCUCGCGGUGCUCUGCCUGCCAUUGAGAUCGACGGUCGUUGGGCAACUGACAGCCUUGAUGCCAUGUUCCUUUUGGAGCGCACCUUUCCGAAUCCAGAGCGUCCGAUGAUCCCCGGCUUCUCGCGACUGCGGGGCCGGGCGAUCGAGCUGCUAGAGCUGCAGCGAGCAGUUCACUCAGCCUGGUGCAACUACCUCUUCCGCGCCGAGAUGUCCUUCGUUAACGAGCCCGCUGUGGAUUUCGCCGCUGCUCUGGGACAGGUCCAGACUGCCUUGGAGAGGGAUACAGAGACUCCGUGGUUCCUGCCCUACGAGCACCCGACCAUCGUGGAUAUCCAGUAUGUCUGCACACUGGAAAGAAUCGUGGCAAGCGCUUUCUUCUACAAGGCCAUGGAUGUCCGUGCGGAUUUUCCGGGAAUCGACCGGUGGCUUCGGGCCUUCGAGGAGCUCCCGUGGUACCGGGCAACGCGAGGAGACUACUACAGUCUGUGCAUGGCCCUGGAACCGGCGUUUGGAGAGCCGCAACCUAGCCCGAUGAACAACUCGAGCCGGACGGAUUGGAGAAAGCUGCUGCCAGAGAACUACAGACUGCCUUUUGCGUUGAGGCGUGAUGUGGAAAUGACGGCAGCCGAAGCCGCUUCAGUCCUACGGCGCCCCUUUGUGGAGGCAGCUUGGAAGCUGGUACAAAACCACGAUGAGGUUGCGCGCUACUGCUGCCGAGCUGUGGGUGGUGAGGCGGCCAUCGUUGAGGGUUUGCUGGAGCCACUCGACGCCCUCCUUUGCAGCGUAGCGCAGAUGCUCUUCGACGAGGCUCCCGUCGAGGAUUUGCAGUCUCAGAUGCAGAAACGGGUGCAGGUGUAUGGCAUUCCGGAAAAACUGCGGCCACGCUUGGCAUCCUGUUUGGCGUAUUUGCGCGAUCGGAUUGGUGUUCCCCGUGAUCUCCCGCUUCCGGCGGCGAAGAUGUUGAGAGCAUAUAUGGCUGAAGCAUAUACUAUACUGAGGCAGCCGAUGCGGUGA